AUGUCAUUGACACAAGCAUACCAGUCUGGUCAAGCCACUUCUUUGGCCGUAUACAAUCUACCCACCUCGGCAGACGAAACAGAAGUUCAGUCGGUAUUCCCUUCGGCUAGGUCAGUCAACUUCGUACGAAGUCAUUCUGUGUCUUCGCAAACUAAAGGCAUGUGCAUCUUGCAAUUCAACAAUGCUCGCGACUGUCAACAAGCCUACGAUGAAUGCCUUCAAGGAAAAGAAAUUGGUGGACAGCUGCUGCAGGCGGAACUCAACGGAGAUUAUCAUUCCAGUUCGUCAGAAAAUUUAAAUGUCAGCCAGCAUUAUGGAGGCAAUUCCAGGGAUUUCAGACGUUCACAUGCCGAUAAUGAGUACAGCCAGCCCACAUAUGAUCCGCAUAGUAGAACUGAUAGUGAAAGUUCUUCCAACGCUUCUUGUACACUCACCGUGUCAAAUCUUCCCUAUACAGCAUCUGAAAGAGAUAUUAUGCGCGAGUUCCCAGAAGCCCUCCGAGUGGCACUUUCGUUAGACGAGCAGGGACGUUCCAGAGGUGUUGCUCACGUGACUUUCUCGAAUUCCGACCAGUGCAGCGCCGCUCUUACUUCCUGCGGAAAUAAGAUGAUGGGCGGUAGGCCUGUACGUGGACGAAUCCAGAGAGACCAGGAGCACAAUCAACAACCGAGUUAUAACAAUCAGCGCCCUUAUAAUCGUGACCAAAGAGAAUACGGUCAACGUAAUCAACGCGACUACAACCAGCGUAAUUUCAAUAAUCGAGAUCACACCAACCAGCGUGAAAACGGUAACCAGAGAGAUGGCAAUCAACGUGAGUACAAUCAGCGUGAUUAUAGUGGUCAACGUGACUACAACAAACAAGGUAGGCAGUUCGACUACAAUUCAGGCAGAGGCGAAAGAGAUGUAAACCGUUUCCAAGGUGCUCCAGCUAAUCGAGGCGGGUCACGCGAGUUUGGUAGAAAUGACCGCUUCGAACGAACAGAUCAAAGACGAGAUCGCAGCCCAGCCAGAGGAGAGCCAGUUCGUGGGUACGGCAGCUCAAAAGGACCCCGAAUAACAUCAGCCGUAAUUCACCGUCCAGGAAAUGCCAGCCCUUCGGAGUCGUCCUCUUCAGAUGAGGACUAA